AUGAUAGUCUACUGUAUUAACAGCAGUUUUGUGGUAUUAGGUGGCGAUAAAACAAGCUUAAGGGACAGGAAAACAACUCGACUGUUUGGCGUUAACAUCAUCGACACGAUUGGUCCCCAAUGGCAGCAAUACAGAUUUAGACAGUUUUACCUGGACGUCUCGGACUAUCCAGUUAUUUCGACUACAACCAGUCAGCGAACCAGAUGUUACACUGACAACAGUACAGCUCCUGCUGUACCUCCAAAUAUAAUUGAGAUUCCAUGUAAACAGACGGCAAGAUACAUAAUUGUGGAAACAGAGUACAAAUAUCCAACUGAUAAAGGUCCAAUCCUAGAAAUUUGUGAAAUAGAAGUUUAUGGUUGUGAAGUUGGUUAUUAUGGCCCAAACUGUUCAUCUUGUGAAGGUUGUUAUAACUGUGACAUUGCAACCGGCUGUCCCUGUAGCAGUAAUUGUGUAGACCAGCAAUGCAAUGAAUUUGGCAACUGCAUCCAAUGUUAUCAGGGACGUUGGGGAGAUAAUUGCCAGAAAAUUUGUCCAACUUCGUGCAAAUCGAGAUAUUGCAUCAACACAAAUGGAUUUUGCUAUUCCUGCAGCGAUGGAUACUUUGGAGAUAUAUGUCAGAAGGAUUGUUAUGCAAAGUGUUCGGGACGAAAAUGUAACAAAUACACGGGAAUUUGUACAACUGGAUGUGUAUCUGGUUAUUAUGGUGAUUUUUGUAAUAUUACUUGUGGUAACUGCAGUACUGGAAAUUGUUCUAGAUAUACCGGACAUUGUGACACCUGUAAAUUAGGUUAUUAUGAAGAGAAGUGUGAUAGACAGUGUAGUGACACUUGCCUCGAUUUGGAAUGUAAUAAAGAAAAUGGCUAUUGCAGUCGUGGUUGCAAAUACGGUUUCUAUGGGGUUUAUUGUGAAAAUGAAUGUAGUGAAAACUGCAAACAAACCAACUGCAACAGAUAUGGAAUUUGCAUUAAUGGAUGUAAACCGAAUUGGACUGGAGGAAUUUGCAACAAAUGUGAUGCGACUCAUUAUGGAGAUGAUUGCUCAAACAUGUGCAGUGUAAAUUGUAUCAGCCAGGCAUGCAACAAUGUUACUGGUGUUUGCACUAUUGGGUGUGAGAGAGGAUUUUAUUCACAGAAAUGUGAACAGAGAUGUAGUGCUUCAUGUCCAUCUAGUUGCAACAGAGACUCGGGGAGUUGUGAGGGAGCAUGUCCAGCUGGUAAAUAUGGAGAUCAAUGUGAUAGGACCUGUAAUCAAAACUGUAAAAAGGUAUGCAGUAAAAGCAGUGGUUUGUGUGAUUCUGGUUGUAUUGACGGUAAAUUUGGACCAGACUGUCUCAAGGCCUGUGGUGGUGGGUGUGAUUCCGGAUGUCAUCAGUCCGAUGGGAGUUGUGCUUGUAAGACAGGAUGGCAGGGACGAUACUGUGACGUUUGUAAACCGGAUUAUUAUGGUCAUGAGUGUGAAUCUCAGUGUAGUUCAAACUGUUUGAACAGAACCUGUCUCUCAAACAAUGGUUCCUGUAUAGGAGGAUGUAAGGGACACUUUGUGGAUGAGAAAUGUUUCAUAGCACUUGCUGUAAGUGACCCGACUUCUUUGCCGACUACAGCUAUUGGUGCUGGGUUAGGUGCUGUACUAUUUCUUUUGGUUUUAAUAAUCAUCAUAGUCAUUUUUCUCAGAUACAAACGACGAAUGCGUCAAAAUUCCAAAUCAGAUAUGGUCUUCUAUAAAAAAGAGCAUGCCCCAUCUUCUGAAAACAAGUUGUACACAAACAUAGGUAAUGUUUCGGUACCGAUAGAGGACCCAGAAGAAGAACCACAAAUGGAGAACCCUGAGGAGGCUGUGUAUUAUAAUGAUCUAUCUGUGGCUAAGGAUAUCGCUGUGUCUGACCUACUGAGGAUAAUCACUGAGAGAGAAGCCAAGGAAAAUGAAAUAUUUCAUAAGGAAUUUAAGUCUCUUCCUUAUGGAGAAAGAUUUGCCUGCGAGACAGCUAAAUCAGCAGAAAACAUGCCCAGGAAUCGAUUCAAAACCACUUUUCCAUACGAUCAUUCACGAGUAAUUUUAGAAGUUGGUAAUGGCUUCACUACAGAUUACAUAAAUGCAAACUAUAUUGAGAAUAUGGAGGGGGAAAAGGAAUUCAUUGCUUGUCAAGGCCCACGUGAAAACACUUUAGUUGAUCACUGGAGAAUGAUAUGGCAGGAGCAUGUGGAAUACAUCGUUAUGUUGACCAACCUAAUUGAAGGACCAAAGGUGAAAUGUCACCAAUAUUGGCCAGAUGAAGGGAAAGAUCUGGAAAUCAAUCCAUUUUCCGUAACUUUGGUAGAAGAGAAAGUAUAUGCGUAUUUCGUCCAGAGAAAAAUGACUGUGCGGAAAAAGAAGGUCACUGGGUCAAGGACGGUCGUACAGUAUCACUUCACCCGAUGGCCAGAUCACGGGACUCCAAAUCCUCUGAAUUUAGUUGUAUUUCACCGACACUUCAGACACAAAAUCAAGCCUUCUCAACAUCCAAUAAUUGUUCAUUGCAGUGCGGGAAUUGGGCGAACUGGGACAUUUAUCGCCCUUGACGUUUUGUCCAGGUACGCCAAGGACAAGGGCAAGGUCAACGUCAUAGAGUAUGUCAAGGCCAUGCGUAGAAACAGGAUGACAAUGAUACAGAAUGUGGACCAAUACGUUUUUCUCUACCAUGCUUUGUACGAGUUCUUCAGAAGGAAACCCCAGUAUAAGAAGAAAGAUGAAUUUGUCCACCAGUAUGGAGAUGUCAACAGAAUAAAUACACAGAAACAUCUAACCAAUGAAUUCAAUGAACUGGUAAGCUUAAAACCACGGUAUGAUGCCCAUGAUUUCAAGAGUGGAAAGAAGUUUUUAAAACUGAACUUUACAAAAUCAGUCUUACCAGUUGAGCAAUAUCUGGUCUAUUUGACUUCUCAUGUACCUGGUAGAGAGUCGUACUACAAUGCAGUGAAUGUUUCUUCAUUCACCCGAGCUGAGGAGUUUAUAUCUGCACAAUUCCCAGUGUCUGGCGCGGCCAUAGACAUUGUUCGUUUACUUAUUGAUCACGAGUCAGCAUUCCUUAUUGCAUUAAACCCAUUAUCAGAAGUGAAGGAGUUACAAAGCUGGGUAGAGGAUAAACACAAUCUUGUCAAAUUAAGUCCAUAUACAAUAACAAAGGGUACAGAGACAUUACUCACUAAGGAGAUAAGAAAAACCACUAUCAACAUUACAGAUAAGGAGAAAAGCUCGGAAAGUCACGAAAUCCAAAUAUUUGAAUGCUUGAAUUGGAGUUCCGAUGAAGCACUGCCCAAAGAAACUUCUGCUUUGACAAACCUCAUCAAGCAAUUCAGUCUUGAUCGGAAAUAUCACCAAGACGGACACGUAACUGUGAUAUCAAAGGACGGUGCGACCUGCUGUGGAGUAUUUAUUGCUGUAUAUAACGCCAUAGAACAGCUACAACAGGAUGACGAGGUGGACAUAUUUACUAUAGUACAACAGCUUCAGUGUAGAAGACCAGAAAUGAUAUCUACAAAGGAAGAAUAUGAAUUCUGCUUCAAAGCAAUAUCUGAUUUUCUAAAUACAGACAAUGUGUAUGCCAAUUCUUAAAAGAAAACAAUUGUGAGACACCUAAAAGAAUAUUGCAAACACAAAUUUGAUAAAAAUUAUUUGUCAAAUAGUUUUUAUUGUCUAUUAUAAGGGUUUUUCUUUUAGAAUUUAAAGAUAACUAUUAUAUUCUUUUUUUCUCUAUCAUUUUAAUAUUAAGCGUUAUUUAAAGAGAAGUCUAGUCAUAGUUCAUUAGAAAUAAUGGCACAUUUAGUAUUCUCAUCUCAAUAUUAACUUACAUGUAAAACUACUUCUAACUCUAUAUGUAAAUCUUACUUAUAUCGGUUACCUUUUUGAGGUAAGAUUAUUUGUAAACUUUUUGCUUUGAAAAACCUUUUUAAAUGAUCUUUUAUCUUUCUUUUUAUUAUUUCUAUGAUACUGAUAAUAUAUAUUGUAUAUACAUGUAUAUCAGUUUCUUUCCUUCAUAAAAAGGUUUCUGUUAUUAGAUAGAGAACAUUUUUUUCUAAAGGUUGCUUAACUAGAUGUCAAUUAAAGUUAUUUUUUAUAUUUCACGCAACAAGUUGCGGGAGGUAUAAUGUUCUUGACCCGUCCCUCAGUCAGUGUCAGUCAGUCAUUAUGCCAGUCCUGUUUUUUUUUUCAGCGCAACUCCUCAUAAACCGCUGCACAGAAUUUCGUCAUUUUUUAAUAUAAAGGACACAAUGUGUAGAUUUGUGUAUCACGAGGAAAUUCCGAUUCCUUCAUUUAUUCCGGGAAUUUCUGAACUUUUCAACUUAGAUUUUUUGGUCAUACCUUGAAUAAGACGUGUAUAGUUUGUCAGCGCAAUAACUCAUAAACCGCAACACAGAAUUGCGUCAACCUUUGCAGUUAUUUAGGACACAAUGAGUGGAUAGGCGUUUUACCAGGAAAUUAGGAUCCCUUUUUUUU